AUGGCAUUCAAGAGGCAAGUAAAAAAUUUCAUGAAAAAUUACUCAGAUGCUGAAAUAAAAGUCAGGGAAGCUACUUCUAAUGACCCCUGGGGUACUUCAAGUUCUCUGAUGUUGGAUAUCAGCAACUUGACUUACAACACGAUUUCUCUCUCCGAGAUUAUGAAUAUGCUAUGGCGGAGACUCAGUGACCACGGGAAGAACUGGCGCCAUGUAUAUAAGUCUCUUACACUAAUGGAAUAUCUUAUUAAGAAUGGAUCAAAGAAAGUUAUUCAGCACUGCAGAGAGAGGUUCUAUAACCUUCAAACACUAAAAGAAUUCCAACAUAUAGAUGAAGCUGGAAGAGAUCAAGGUUAUUAUAUCCGGGAAAAGUCUAAACAAGUCAUAACAUUGCUGAUGGAUGAACAGGUGCUGCAUAAAGAAAGAGAAGUAGCGUGUCGAACUAGACAGCGUACCUCCUGCUCUCUGGCAUUCCCUAAAAAAUUACCUGGAACAGGUAGCUCACCAACUACGUGUGCUUCUGAGCCCACACCAGAAAGUCCUGCUUCCAGGAACAAGUAUAGACGUCUUAAGCUUGCAACACUACAUCGUAAAAAGAAGGCUUCCAAGGCAGAACUGAAUCCAGAGCAGCGCCUUAACAUCCAGCAGCCUGGUAAGACUCCCGCAUCCCAAGAGACACUGCCACCCAAGAGUGACACGUGGAAAUCGUCAAAGGACCUGAUGUUAUUUUACCGUGAUAAUCCGGAGCCUCCUUUGCCAACGGUACCUCCUCCCAUUAGCUCUCCAAGUACGUUGAUGUCAGAAGGUGAAACAGAGGUUUGUAACUCCUCAGGUACAGAUGUUUUAUUCACUCUCUCGGGAAAAAGUCCAUCUCUACAAACACAUUUGGACAAGCAAUUAGACAGGACUGUUACAAACACUGUCACAGAAAACCCCUUGCAGGAACAUCUAGAAAAGCAGUCAGCUGCACAGAGUUUUGAAUUGCUAGCAACUGUAUCAUCAUUUCAGUCAUCAAGUCAAGAAGAGUUUAUCAGCCCCAAUUUAAAGGUGUCAAAGACAGAGUCUGCCUUUUAUAAUCAGGCCUCUGCGGAGACACCCUUUGUCUCUCCCUCAUUCAAAACACAUGGCCCCAUAAAGGAAGUGGUGCGCUUUAAGGACCCUUGGAAGCCAGCGCCAUCCAGCAUGCUCCAGACGGAUGGUGAAGAACUGCAGCCCUUAAUCACGAGGGUUUCAACUGUCUCUGAGGAAACAUCCUUCUUUUCUACUUUAUCCGUGUCAUCUCCCGAUUCAGCCUCUCCAGAGAAGUCUGCUCAUCUCUUACCCUCGAUUUUGCCUGGACCUUCCUUCUGUAAUUUAUCCCAUCGACCACCUGCUCCUGCCUCCAUUAAAGGUAAAGAUAAGGCACCCAGGGUGCCACACCCCUUUGCUCCUCAAGGCCCAGCAUCUUCUGAGGAGGAGGAAGAUAACCACCUCAAUAUACUGGAAAUCCUUCCAGAUAACUCGGAUUCUGCUAAAAAUAAGCCCAGUCAAAUCUCUCGUGCUAAGUGGGUGGAGUUUUCCACCCAGAAUGUAGACCACUUCACCUCUGUGUCCUGUGCUAGUUUUGAAGCCCCCAAAGACUUGCCUCGGGAGCCUGAAUCCAACAGUUCCAUUCGAGUUCUUUUAGGAGAGGUGAAAAAUUCUAUAGUCCGGUUACAUGAAGAUUUGAGCAUGGUGAUCCGAGAACUUAAUAUGAUCAAUAGCCAUCUGAUAAGCAUGAGUAGAAAUAAGCAAAUAAGCAAAUCAUGA